UGCUUGAAGCUCAACGCCUAGAGCUUUUGCGCAAUCUGUUCAUACGGCAACCUUCGUCACACCCAACCUCAGCCUGUCCGCCUGGCCCAGUAUUUUUCCAAAGACUCGUGGAAUUCUCGAUGGAGAGGUCGUCAAGAUGACACAUUGGACCAAUAGUCGCUGCAGCGAUUCUUCAAAGCUUUGAGAGGGCACUUGAGCUCACUCUUAUUUUCUAUUGUUCUGGCAUUAAUUGAGUGCAAGUCGGCAAAAUGAGGGUGGUUGGCUUGGUGAGCGGCGGAAAGGACAGCUGCUACAAUAUGAUGCAGUGUGUCGCCGCAGGACACUCGCUGGUAGCACUCGCCAACUUGCAGCCUAAUGUUGAUGGCGAGAUGGACAGCUAUAUGUACCAGUCAGUGGGACACGAGGGUGUGGAAGCGCUAGCCGAAGCAAUGGACCUGCCGCUCUUUCGUCAGAUUACUAAAGGGCAUACUAAACAAACGGGCAAAGAGUACAACCCUGAGGAAGGUGAUGAGGUCGAGGACCUUUUUCUCCUGCUCCAAACUAUCAAGCAGGAGGUCGGCGUGGAAGCUGUCUCGGUCGGUGCCAUCCUCUCCGACUACCAGCGUGUCCGGGUCGAGAAUGUUUGUGCCAGACUUGGACUUAUAUGUUUGGCAUUCCUGUGGCAGCGAGACCAGGCAGAACUUCUUGCCGAAAUGGUAGCUAGUGGCGUUCAAGCCAUCCUGGUCAAGGUUGCAGCUCUCGGACUCGACCCUGCGCAACAUCUGGGAAGGGACAUUUCAGAAGUGGCGCCACAUCUCCUUAGAAUGAAAGAAAAAUGGGGCCUAAAUGUGUGCGGUGAAGGAGGAGAGUACGAAACUUUUACGUUAGACUGUCCAUUAUUUAACAAAGCCAUUGUAGUAGAUGACUACCAGACUGUGAUUCAUGAUGACAAUGCCGUUGCACCAGUUGGCUACCUUAGUUUUAAAAAGAUGCGACUUAUUGAAAAAUCGCCUGACAUAACACUGAUGCCCUUGACUGAACGAAUUAUGGCUUCAGGUGUGAGAAGCCCUAAAGUUUUUCUCAAUGGCACGGAAUCAAGUGAAUCUUCAAUCAAAGAUAAUGAAGAUGAUAAUAACGAAGAAAUGAAACCAGAGGUCGAGGCAGCCGUUACAGUCGACGCCCCUUCACCUGUUGUGUAUGAGGAGAAGCUUUGCAACCAUCCACGGAUACAAUGCAACUCUACUGGCUGGUGUUGGGUCACAGGGGUUCAUGGCGAGGGAGGUUCCUGCGCUGAUGCCAUGAGCAGUGCUCUUGAUAAGUUGCAAGAACUUCUCGAAUCACGCUGCAUGAGUAUAUCUGACGUGGUUGGCGUGUCGCUCUGGAUUCGGGACCUAACGCAGUUCGCGGCUGUGAAUGAGAGAUUUAGUGCCCGAAUGUUUUCGAGUGGUGGCCAACCACCUGUUCGCGCGUGUCUUGAGGUCGGUUUGCCUGAAAACUGGCCCGUGCUGCUGGAGGCGACGGCACACAGGACGCCGCAGCAGGAGAGCUCCGAAGAGGCAGCUGAGCUGCCCAAACAGUCCCUGCACGUGCAGUCUCUGUCACAUUGGGCACCGGCCAGCAUCGGCCCCUACAGCCAGGCCGUGCGAGUUGACGCAGUGGUGCAAGUGGCCGGCCAGAUCGCCCUGAACCCUAGCUCUGGGCAGUUGCUCGAGAACGCCGGCGUGCAGGCACAGUGCCUGCUGGCCAUGCGACAUGUCAGUCGCAUCCUAGCCGCCAUGAACUCCCGGUUCGAACUCCAAGAUGUAGUGCAGGGAGUUUGUUACUUGACUUGCAAAAAUGCAGUCCAGACUGUCCGCCGGCUGUGGGAGAGACACACCACAAACGCCAUAGUUGACUUUGUCAUAGUUCCUGCCCUGCCAAGAGGCGCUCUUCUGGAAUGGAGCGUCUGGGCCCACGCUCACAACCGGCGGUUUGAGUACGAAGAGACUGGCUGCUUGCUUACCGACGAGUCUGACGAGAGCGCGAACCGGCCGCAGGCGUCGAUCCGCAGUCGAUGGAGCUACGACGGCACCGUGGCAGCCGUCGUGUGCUAUGUUGAAGGCGAGCAGACACUCGACUCGCUCACGCAUGCCGUCGAGUACGCCAUGGGCAAGCUGCUCCGCGAGGCGCCGGCCGCCAGUGCGCUCACCGUGCGGGCUUUCUACCGGACUGGGGCGCUUGACGCCGAGGUGCUGCAAGAGGCUAUCUCGCGAGUGCAAAGUGUCCUGCUUGAGAAGCGAAUCGAGAUGGGCGCCACCCUGGUGCCUGUCGUUGGCCUGCAGGACGAACACACCGUCCUCUCCUUGUGCGGUCUGCGCUUCCAGUAAGUGGUAACCAGCAGGCACAAAGCUACCUCCCAAUUUUCAAGCCCCUCUCAGGGAGUGACGGGCGCCAACUUUCAUUUUGAUACAAACAACGACGCUGAUUUUUUUUAUGUAAAAACUUUUGUUCUUUGUUGUGUACACUUGCCUUUUCAUGGAGACAGAGUUUAGGUGCAUGCCUUGAACGACUGACAAGGCAGCUCGUUUUGCAAACGCCAUUUCGUACCUAACUGGUCUCUGAAAUUACUUUGCAACUUAACUAAAAAUUUAACACUUCUACUUGCCUUUGUUGUGAUAUAAAUGACUUCUGAUCAAAUAAUUGUUGCUUACGUGUUUUGUGACACAGGCAGAAUUUUAGAACAAAUUUUAGAUACACCCAGCUACACCUUGUUAGUAAUAUUUAUUGAACGAGAUGUUUACCACUCGCAAGUAACGAUUUUGUAACUGUUCUGUUGUUAUUCUCUUAUUCUUUCUUGACAAAACACGCUUAUUUUUAUUGAUCCGUUACAUUGACUGCUCUUCACAGAAACUCAGAUGUGCAAAGUUAAACGGAACUAAACGCGUUGGAGGCGUUGCUCUUUUCCAAUGGAAAUAAAUAAUAAAGCAUAAUCAGAAAUGAGAAGA